GCUCUCCGGAAGUGUUGCCGUGGUUGCCGUCGGCGGACUUGACAUAGUGGACGCUGUUCGCUCAGAGACAAACGCUCCGCGGUGGGAUUUCACGGAAGAUGCUGAAGAAACGGGAGCUGCUGCUUUCCGAGAGACAACCCUCCAGUGAAGAUGAGACCAUGGUCCCGGUACUAACCUCAAGGAAAGCCAGCGAACUCCCUGUCAACGAAGUAGUGUGUGUCCUGCAGGCCGACUUGCAGUUGGGACUGACCCAGGAGGAGGUGAGCCAGAGGAGGGCCUACCACGGCUGGAACGAGUUCGACAUCAGUGAAGAGGAGCCGCUAUGGAAGAAAUACAUCUCACAGUUCAAAGAUCCUCUCAUCCUGCUGCUGUUGGCGUCGGCCGUCAUCAGCGUUCUCAUGCACCAGUUUGAUGACGCCAUCAGCAUCACUGUGGCCAUCAUCAUAGUAGUGACAGUUGCCUUUGUGCAGGAGUACCGCUCAGAGAAGUCUCUAGAAGAGCUCGGGAAGCUGGUGCCUCCAGAAUGUCACUGUGUCAGGGAGGGGAACUUGGAGCACCUGCUGGCCAGAGAGCUGGUUCCUGGAGACACCGUCUGUCUGUCGGUGGGAGAGAGAGUCCCAGCAGACCUCCGCCUCUUCGAGGCGACCGACCUGUCUGUGGAUGAGUCCAGUCUGACGGGGGAGACCAGCCCCUGCUCCAAAUCCACCUCCCACCAACCGGCAGCCACCAACGGAGACAUCGCCUCCCGCAGCAACAUCGCCUUUAUGGGGACACUAGUGCGCUGUGGCAAAGCCAAGGGCAUCGUCAUAGGAACCGGAGAAAACUCUGAGUUUGGGGAGGUAUUCAAGAUGAUGCAAGCAGAAGAGGCUCCUAAAACUCCACUACAGAAGAGCAUGGACCUGCUGGGAAAGCAGCUCUCCCUGUAUUCCUUUGGCAUCAUAGGGGUCAUCAUGCUGGUGGGCUGGCUGCAGGGGAAGAGGAUCCUGGACAUGUUCACCAUCGGUGUCAGUUUGGCGGUAGCUGCCAUCCCGGAGGGUUUGCCCAUCGUGGUGACGGUGACGCUGGCGCUCGGUGUGAUGCGCAUGGUGAAGAAAAGAGCCAUCGUGAAGAAGCUCCCCAUCGUAGAAACCCUGGGCUGCUGUAAUGUCAUCUGUUCAGACAAAACUGGAACUCUGACCAAGAACGAGAUGACCGUCACUCAGCUGUUCACGUCAGACGGACUCCACGCUGAGGUGACAGGCGUCGGCUACAACAGAGCAGGGGAAGUUUUACUGGACGGAGAGAUCAUCCACGGCUUCCUAUGCCCCUCGAUAAGCAAGAUUGUGGAGGUCGGCUGUGUGUGCAACGACUCGGUGAUCAGGAACCACAAUCUGCUGGGACGACCGACAGAGGGAGCGCUCAUCGCCCUCGCCAUGAAGAUGGGGCUGGAGAGCCUGCAGCAGGAGUACGUCCGCCUGGAGGAGCAUCCCUUUAACUCGGAGCAGAAGUGGAUGGCUGUUCGCUGCGUUCACCGCACCCAGCAGGACAAGGCCGGAGUUUACUUCAUGAAGGGAGCGUAUGAGCAGGUGAUUCGCUUCUGCAGCUCCUACAACAGCAGGGGAACCUCACUCCCCCUCAACCACCAGCAGAGGGAGCUCUACCAGCAGCAGAUCAGCUACAUGGGCACCGCAGGACUGAGAGUGCUGGCGUUUGCGUCUGGCUCAGAGAUGGGGAAGCUGACCUUCCUGGGUCUGGUGGGCAUCAUCGACCCUCCCAGGUCGGGGGUCAAAGAAGCCGUGGGCACGCUCAUCAGCUCCGGCGUCGCCAUCAAGAUGAUCACCGGAGACUCCCAGGAGACCGCUGUGUCUAUAGCGAGUCGUCUGGGUCUUUACUCCAAAGGUUGUCAGUGUUUGUCUGGAGAAGAGGUGGAUCAGCUCGACCUGCAGCAGCUUUCACACAUCGUACCCAGAAUAGCUGUGUUUUAUCGAGCCAGUCCCAGGCACAAACUGAAGAUCGUCAAGUCCCUCCAGAACAUCGGAGCCGUGGUGGCCAUGACAGGUGACGGCGUGAACGACGCCGUGGCUCUGAAGGCUGCCGACAUUGGCGUGGCGAUGGGCCAGACGGGCACCGACGUCUGCAAGGAGGCAGCCGACAUGAUCCUGGUGGACGACGACUUCCAGACCAUCAUGUCGGCCAUCGAGGAAGGCAAAGGAAUUUACAACAACAUCAAAAACUUCGUCCGCUUCCAGCUGAGCACGAGUAUCGCGGCGCUGACACUCAUCUCCUUGGCGACGCUGAUGAACUUCCCCAACCCGCUGAACGCCAUGCAGAUCCUGUGGAUCAACAUCAUCAUGGACGGACCUCCGGCUCAGAGUUUGGGUGUGGAGCCUGUGGAUCGAGACGUGAUCAGGAAACCACCUCGUAAUGUGAGAGACAGCAUCAUCACCCGCAGCCUGAUCAUCAAAGUCCUGGUGUCGGCUCUCAUCAUCGUCUGUGGGACUCUGUUUGUCUUCUGGAGAGAGUUGCAGGACAACGUGAUCACUCCUCGAGACACCACCAUGACCUUCACCUGCUUCGUCUUUUUCGACAUGUUCAACGCUCUGAGCUCCCGGUCGCAGACUCGUAUGGUCCACGAGAUGGGUCUGUGCAGUAACAGGACGUUCUGUUACGCCGUCCUGGCCUCCAUCAUGGGUCAGCUCCUCGUCAUCUACUUCCCUCCUCUGCAGAACAUCUUCCAGACAGAGAGCCUCAGCAUCUUUGACCUAAUGUUCCUGGUGAGCCUCACCUCCUCGGUCUGCGUGGUGUCUGAGGCCAUUAAGAAGGUGGAGAGGUGGAGGGGAGUCGAGAGGAGCCCACCUGUCGACUGCUUCCACGAGGUAUGACCCGCCACCCCGCCACUGUCUGGGCUGAAGGACUCCGAGGUUUGGCUGGAGAAGAGGAGGCGGACCAAGGUGAUGGGAGUGCGAUGGGUUUUAGGGUUUCUCGCAACCGAUGGCACUGACUGACUAAGACCGCAAGGACUUGUGGGAUUUUCUCGUGAGAUCCUCAGACGGGUGGAGAAACUGUGGUCUGGGACUGGAGGACGCUCCCGGGCUCUGGGGGUGGGGUGGUUGGGAGGAGACGGAAGCGGACUUGGAUUAAGCUGGGAGGACAAGACGGCUGCUGGGAGACCUGACCCCCUGCUCAGUAUCUCUACUACUGAACCUCGCAGCGUCGACCCCUUUUCGCUCGCGCCGCCUCUGUGCUCGGCCUCGUUGUAGAUUCCUGACGGUAGCUCUGGGGAAAAACCGCCACGGACCGACCAGACCUUCCUGCCGUGAACUGUCUCGUUAAUUAGGAUGUACUUCAAGAAAACCCUCUGAUGAAUCAAACGCUAGAAACCUGUGCAAUUCUUUGUGUUCUCUUCCAGUCCUCUUUUCUUUCUUUUUUUUAAACCUAUCAUUUAGGAGGUGUUGACCACUGUUCAGCUCGCUUUUACCGGUUGAAUGCAGUACCGUCAAACGCGCAGGACGACUUGUUUUAAUUCCUCUGUAGGUGGGUUUACAGCACAUGGUGGAGGUGUGACGGUACGAAGAGAUUCAUGGAAAACAAAUAUUUAAUCUCGUUGCUUUUAUUUUGCUAAAAGUAAAGGUUCCCAGUUCUACUGUAGCGGUUAAGGCAGUGGAAUAUUUACAUAAUGUCAGUCAUGUAAAGAAAUCAGUAGGCAACAUGGCCACAUAAAGGAACAUGACAGUGCAGCUCAAACUUUAACUUCACGUUCUCUACAACUGCAUGGUCCCUUGUCUUUUGCAACGAAACACUCCGAGACGAUACCGGAGAUUCAGCAGACAUUCCAAGACCAUGUUGUUCUUCAGUACGUAACAUAAAGAUAAACUUAUUUUUUUAUUUAACAAAAGAAGCCAAAGUUCUCAAAGCCUCUAAAAACUUGGUUUAAAAGAAGUGUUUCUUCAUCAAAUUAAACAUUUUUGACUAAAUAGCAACAAUCAAUGUUAAAGUUUUGGGGAAAAAUCACAUUUAAUUCAGUGACUGGGCUGCGACUCACUGCCAGUGCGGUGUUGGUAUUACGGACCACACGUGUUAAAGUAUCUGCUGUUACGGUAAUAAUGGGCCCUCUUCUCAGUUUGACACCAUGAGGCAGUUUCUUCUACGUGAGACUCGACGCGACAUCAGAGAAGAUCCGUCGCAGUUAGAUUUCCCCCACGUGGGUCCAUGUACGGCCGAUGAUGCAGCCGGACAAAACCGUCCAGUCGGUGAGUUUUCUGUCAGUCUUCGGUUGGUUGGUUGUCAGGGCCGUAGCUACCACCGGACUGUCCCUGCACAGCUCAACUUUUCCCUCUUUUUUUCGGACUUGAUAAGUUAAGAUUCGACCAACACCACGACGAACAAAUAAAGCUUUAUUUUGUCUUUUUGGUCUCUGGUCAAACCUUUCUGAAAAUGGCGAGGGGGGGGUGCGUCUGGGGGACUCCUGACCUCGCUGUGUCUAAAAUCCAGUCUUUGGCCCUGUUAGCAACGAGUCCAGACCAAAUGAACCAAACUGCAUGUGUGAAACGGGCCUGAAUGUGCGGCCUAGCGCACCAGACAGUUGAGGGUGAAUGAAUGUACCGUUACACCUCCACUAUACAGUGUGUGCUGGUUUCUGUGAUCCAUAUGUUAUGUUUCCUGCUUCUUCCCACGCACGCUGGUGUAUUUAUAUUUGAAACACUCUGACGCAAACCAGCUGCUGUUUGAAGGCCACACGGUGAAAGCGGAUGGAGAAAAAUGAAAUUCCCUGCCCCCCCGCUGAGUUUAACAACCCGAUGCUAAAUGUGGAAUUAGGCCUCAAAAACCACCAACGCUAACACAACAGUGCCGACACGGUCGCUUCAGGGUACAAACACACAGACUUCAGUGACAAUGCUCUCUCAUCCUGUGCCUUAGAGAAGUCAUCGAUCGUUUCAAUUAUCUCCACUUUGGUGGAAAAAGAAGCCCUUUACCGACGGAUGGCUUUUCCGUUUAAUCCGUUUCAGCCCUGAAAUGAUUCCAAAAGGAAUCGCUCCAAAUAUUAGCCGCAAGUUUUAGUUUCCCUUUUUUUGUUUCUCCUCAAAUGUAUCUCUCUAGUUUAAUCAGGAUUGACUUGCACCUGUCCCCCUUUAAUCAAUAUAGAGAAGUCGUUGUGGUUUCUGGGAAAUGUAAUUUACUUGGCUAUGUUGUUGUUGAAAGUUUGAUUUCUAGAUGUUUUGUAUUUAUUUCCAAAAGGCACAUCUGGACGGGCUAAAAAACACCAACACCAGGAAAAAUGAAAAUGCCUUCACUCUGCUGCUGUUUCCAAAAUAAAAUCCCCUUUUUACGGCUUAUUGUGCACAUAACUGUUGAUGUUUUAACAAAGACGGUUUUCAUCGUUUUCAAUAUUGUGUUAAACAUGUGUUUCAGUAUGAAAUAAAAUAUGAUUUAUCUGGUGGAAAUACAA